AGAAGAUCUUGUUCCUUAGAAAGCAUCGAAAAGAUAGCUAGAGAGCAGUGCACCCUCUCUCAAUUCUAUCCUCUGCUUCUGUAUUUCAGAUACCAGAGACAAAACAAGAAGGAGAGAGCAAAAGCAAACCCAAAUCAGCUCUCUCUUUCUCUUCUUCCUCCAUAACAGCCAUUAAAAAUGGCAGUUUGCACAGCCUACACCUCUCCUUCCCUCCACUCUCCAUAUCCAAUCUCAAACUCCUCAAAAAGCCAUCAUCACUUCAUCCUCUCCACUAGUUGCAGAUCCAACAGAAGAAGAGUUAGAGGAGAAAUCUCAUGCUCUUCAGAAACUAACACAGUAGUUAUUGGCCUUGCAGCCGACUCAGGAUGUGGAAAAAGUACUUUCAUGAGGAGACUGACAAGUGUCUUUGGAGGAGCAGCUGAGCCGCCAAAGGGAGGGAAUCCAGAUUCUAACACUCUGAUAAGCGACACUACCACUGUAAUUUGCCUUGAUGACUACCAUUCUUUGGAUAGAACAGGAAGGAAGGAGAAAGGAGUGACUGCUUUGGAUCCAAGAGCAAAUGAUUUUGAUCUUAUGUUUCAGCAAGUUAAGGCUUUGAAGGAAGGAAAAUCUGUGGAGAAACCUAUAUAUAAUCAUGUCAGUGGGUUGCUUGAUCCUCCCGAGCUUAUUAAGCCACCAAAGAUUUUAGUUAUUGAAGGUUUGCAUCCAAUGUAUGAUGGUCGUGUGAGGGAUCUGUUGGAUUUCAGUAUUUACUUGGACAUCAGCAAUGAGGUUAAAUUUGCAUGGAAAAUUCAGAGAGACAUGGCAGAGCGUGGACAUAGCCUUGAAAGCAUUAAAGCAAGCAUUGAAGCACGAAAACCAGACUUUGAUGCUUAUAUUGAUCCACAAAAGCAAUAUGCGGACUGUGUAAUCGAAGUCUUGCCAACACAACUGAUCCCUGAUGAUAACGAAGGAACGGUUUUAAGGGUGAAGUUGGUGAUGAAAGAAGGUGUUAAGUACUUCACUCCAGUCUACCUCUUUGAUGAAGGUUCCACCAUCUCAUGGAUACCUUGUGGAAGAAAACUCACUUGCUCAUACCCUGGCAUCAAGUUCUUCUAUGGACCUGACAGUUACUUCGAUCAUGAGGUUUCAGUACUUGAAAUGGAUGGCCAGUUUGAUAGACUGGAUGAGCUCAUUUAUGUUGAAAGUCAUCUCAGCAGUUUAUCAACUAAGUUUUACGGAGAGGUAACACAGCAAAUGCUGAAGCAUGCAGACUUCCCAGGUAGUAACAAUGGUACAGGUUUAUUUCAAACAAUCGUCGGAUUAAAGAUAAGAGAUUUGUUUGAGCAGAUUAUUACAGAGAAAUCUGCAACUCCAGCUGAAGUAUCCAAAGUUUGAACUUCUUUCUCUCUUUUAGUUUCUAUCAGUUUAGCUCAAGCUUCUAUUGUUUCAUAGUCUCACAAUGAGAGGAGAGCAAAACUUGUCUAUAUUGAACUGUGUAAUUGUAAAGAGGAGAAGGAUUGUAGCUGGUUCUGAAGUAUUGCAGGGAACAGAAGAUAAUUAAUCCCUUCUUCUAAAGUGAGUUCUUCUCAUCUGUUUCUCAAUUUCCAUUACAAUACCCUUCUGUAGACAGAUAUCACAUUCCUUUGUUAUUAUAGGAGAUUUAAUAUUGUUGUUUUGCUA